AUGCCUAUCAUGCCGCCAGCCUCCUCCAGUGCCCCGCACAUUAUUGUGCACUCCUCUGCGCCACUCCCCCAGUUGUCCCACGGGGCCGUCCGCCCAUACUUCCGCAUAGAAUCGUGCCCCCUGCCAAGCGCACUCCGCGCGAAUGCUCUCUUUCGGCCGCGAAAUGCGGGUUCAGAGCUGGUCCGCUCGAUCGCGGACAACCCUUGGCGGAAGUGCUCGAGGCGGGAGAGGAGGGAAUGGCGGGAGCUCCGCGCUCAAGCCGACGACUCCACUGGAAGGGCGCAGGCAGAUGAUGGAGCUUCCGUAGCAGGGGAAAGCGCGGAAGCGACGGCGCAGGUGGCGGAAAUACAGCACGCGGAGGCGAACAGCGCGGUGUCGACUCUCGUGACGCUCUUCCCCCUGUGGGUCGCACUCGCGUGUGCUGCCGCCCUCCGCUGGCCGGCGCAUUUUGUCGUUUGCCAGGACAGCCGAUUUGUAGUUGGUGGGCUUGCGCUCACGAUGCUGGGUGAGUGGGCGGCAGGGUAUGGCAUGGGGCUGACGAUCAGUGUGGAUGACUUCAGGCGCGCCGUGCUCAUGCCACGGCAGCUGCUGGCGGGCGUGCUGCUGCAGUACACGGUGAUGCCAUGUCUGGGGGCGCUCGUCUCUCGCGGUCUGCCGCCGCACCUCUCGGCCUUCGCCACCGGCCUUGUGCUCGUAGCCUGCUGCCCCGGCGGUCAGUGCUCCCGCCGCCCCUGCCACACAUGCCCCAUCGCGCAUGCAUGCACCGAGUGCUGUGCCCCUUCACAACUUUUGCAUCCCUGCCCUCCCUGCUCUCUCACCUCUUUGCCCUCUCAUCUCACAGAGAUUUUCUCAGCACUGCCAGCAACAUCGUCACCUUCCUUGCACGGUCAGUCAUUUGGCCCUGCUGCCUGCUGCCACCAAAUCACUGCUGCACUGCCUGCAUGUCAACAAGCCUCAUCCUCAUACCAGCUCUGGAUAGUCAUUCUUUCCACCAUAUCCUCCCACUGCCUUCCCCUUCGCCUGCUGCUCCCCAGCCAGCAUGCUGGGCACGGGCUCUUCUCUUACUUUUCCCAUUUCCCUCUGCCCCUCUCAACUCUCAUCGUCCCUCGCUGUGGCAACAGGGGCAACGUGGCUCUCUCAGUUCUCAUGACGACAUUCAGCACUCUGCUAGCCGUGGUGAUGACUCCUCUCCUCACCUCCCUUCUGGCUGGUCGCUUCGUGCCCGUCAAUGGGGCUGCUCUCUUCAUGUCCACCCUGCAGGUGGUGAUGCUGCCUGUGUUCACGGGCUGCCUGCUCGCGCGUCUCUUCCCCGCAGUGGCGCGCCACCUGGCGCUCUUCUCGCCCGUGCUGGCGGUGCUGACAGUGGCGCUCAUCGUGGCGGGGGCCAUCUCGGGCUCCGCCGCUACCAUCCGAGGCGCCGCGCUGCCGCUGCUGCUCUCCGUGCUCGCACUGCACGGGCUGGGCUUCGCCCUCGGCUACCUGCUGCCCCGCGCUGUGCUGCGCCUCGAUGAGUCUGCCAGCCGCACCAUAUCCAUUGAAGUCGGCAUGCAGAACUCGGUGCUGGGGGUGGUGCUGGCCAUGCAGCACUUCCCCGACCCGCGGGUGGCAGCGCCCUGUGCUGUCUCCUCCGUCAUGCACUCCCUCUGCGGCAGCCUCCUCGCCGCCGCCUGGCGCGCCACGCCCGUGCUGCCCGCCACGAAGGGUGGCAGGGUGGCACAAGCAGCGACUUGA